AUGUCGGCUGCUGGACCAAGCCAGACUGCCUCCAAAGCAGUGAACACCCCAAACACGUCGACUCCGUCGUCAAGCUUCCAUUCCACCGGCUCAACCGAGCAUAGCGGCCACCGCCGCUCCGGGGCCCCGGCUGCAUUUGGGAGCAACUCAUCGUCGAAAGCACUCGGCACUGCAAGGAACAAUCAGGCACGGAAGGGUCAGCAUAAGCGACAAAGAAAGCCCCGGUUGCUGGACGAUGAUGAGUUCAGUGAAUCAGCCGUCAUGAGAUCAGCAAGCAGCCGCAAAGGACAAACGUCCAUUACCCAUUUGAUGAACUUUUCUUUGCCACCUCGACCGCAAUAUCAGCCACCUCCCCGUAAUGCUCGACGAUAUCAGUCAUGGGGAGCAGGAUCGGGAUACCACGCCGCCGACAAAGCCCGUUAUGUCCAUGCCAAUUAUAGAUUCAUUGUGUCGCCAGACCAGAAUUACCAUGCCCAAGCGGCCAAUGCCGAUGUGCACUUGGAUUGGGCUUCGGUGCUCCAGGUCUUAGUAUCUGCUCAAACCCAGGCCGCCAGCUGCCCCAUUUGCCUCUCGACACCGGUUGCACCACGCAUGGCUCGUUGUGGUCAUAUUUUCUGUCUGCCUUGUCUGAUACGUUACAUGCAUUCGUCUGACGACGAAACACAUCAUGUUCCCGAAAGAAAACCGCGAUGGAAGAAGUGUCCCAUCUGCUGGGAUUCGAUUUAUGCAUCUGACGCGCGACCAGUCCGGUGGUUCCGUGGUCAAGAAGGAGAUCUUCCCGUUGAGGGCGGUGAUGUGAUUCUGCGUCUGGUAAAGCGAGAGCCUGGUAGCACACUCGCUCUUCCUCGGGAUGGCGCAGAGACCCUGACUGCUGGAGAUGAUAUUCCGUGGUUUCAUGUGGCAGAGGUUGCCGAUUACUCUAGGAUCAUGAAGGGUGGACAGGAUUACAUGGUGUCCCAGUAUGAUGCUGAGAUUGAAGACCUUCGCCAACAGGAGAUUGAGGACGAACUGAUGUUCGGAGAUGAGAACACGUGGACGCGCAAGGCUAUCGGCGCCAUCAACGAGGCCAAAGAGAAACUCCGUGGAAUCGGAAAUCCUCCGGAUAUUUCUCGCCAGCCUCCCGCAAGUAAAGGAGGAAAAAUCUCUGUCAGUGAGCCUCACAAGUUUGAUACUGCGGUGUCAAAUAAUGUGGAACGCUCUGGCGCCAUUCUUCCCGACGAACGAGACACUACGUCCACCGUGAAUGUUACACCGGCAGCGCUCGCGGAAGCUGAAGGCGCAUCAUCUGCUCCCAAUGGCCCGAUAGAACUCACGGAUGCGAUGAAUGAGAUCCACCUCUCCUCGAAGCUGCGUUCUGAAACGCCGAACAAGCAAGCCAAGGACUCACAUGGCGCCCACCCCGCUGACCAGCCUUACUAUUUUUACCAGGCGUUGCCUCAGUUCUACCUGUCGCCGCUCGAUAUUCGUAUUCUCAAGGCAGCUUUUGGCGAUUACGCUUCAUUCCCUGCAACAAUUCUGCCUCGUGUCGAGCAUAUCUCCACGGGACACAUUGUUGACGAUGAAUUGCGCAAACGCGUGAAAUACUUGGGUCAUUUGCCUCAUGGUUGUGAAGUGAAUUUUUUGGAAUGCGACUGGAGAGACGUGGUGGUGCCGGAAGUCUUGAGCCGCUUCCGAACCGAGACUGAAAAGCGUCGCAAGCGGAACCGGGACAAAGAGGCCCGUGAAGAGAAAGAUCGUAUCAGGGCGGAAAAGAAGGAGGAGGAGGAAAGGUGGGCUGCCGCUCGUCGCAAGCGACCAAGCUUCGGGAGCGCCAGUGAGGCUCCAUUCUCCACGGAUGACUUUCAACCUCUUACAAGUCAUGGUCUCACCCCUCCGUUUGACCCCGAUUCGGCUUCAGCCUCGCCUCCUCGAGUUGCCACUCAAUUCGGCGCACUUGCGUCUCCCUCUUCUAGUCCUCCGGGUUCUCGCACUGUCUGGGGCACCACGGCCAUUGCCCCCACUACUCCACUCGGCGACAUUCAACGUGCGAUGCCUCAUGACGGAUGGCUUCAGGGUUGGGAGGAUGAGCUCUUUGCACGGCAAGAAUCUGAGAUCAUGGCCCAGAGUGCUCAAGAAAGCCAGACCACGGCUGGACCUUCAUCGUCCCAAGGCGGUCCCGGUAACGGUGCCGGUGGCAAGAAGAAAAAGAAGAACAAGAUUACGUUAAUGUCGACCAACAGUCACAGAGCAGCAUGA